GAGACCCUUCACCUCUUUUUCUUGAGAAACCUCUUUUUUGUGAAUUCCCCCACUGUUUCUCUAAUGUGUAUGCAAAGACCCAGAAUGUUUUCCUUGAGGCCCUGACAGCCAUUUCUUUAAAAGAUUAUUUUGCUUCAGAGUUCCUUCAGUAUAUUUUUGGAAAUUAUGGAUCGUCACAUUCCCAUGCAUGCAUUACCAGAAGAAAUCCAAAAGAUGUCCCCUGAAGAAAAAGUUUGUAAGUACUGUGGAGUCAGCUAUCUAAUUCUCCAUGAGUUUAAAGCUAUGGAAGAAAAAGUGAAAGCAAUGGAAAAAGAGAUGAAAUUUUAUCAAGGAAGUAUAGAGCGUGAAAAGAGACUUCAAGAAAAACUACAUGCUCUUAGCCAAGAUUUCGAACAGUACAAAAUUGACAGUGACUCCAAAACAGAAAGAAUUCAAGCUGAAAGCAUGCAUUUAAAAAGUCAGCAAAAUGAAUUUCAAAGAGUACAGAGAGAAUUGAGUCAUUUGCAACAGCAGUUAAAAAUUAAACAGAGACAAUCACAAGUCUGCAGUCAAAGAUUGAUGGAGUACAAAUAUUUCUGGAAUAAGACUCUUUCAUUACUUAAUUUUACUAAAAGGGAGAUAACCAGUAUCAAAAAUGAAGUUUAUGAUCAUUUGCAAAGCUGGACUUCACUGAAAGAAGAAGUUUGUCUUCAAAUUAAAUCCAUAAGUGAAACAGCCUUGACAGAAAUAGAGAUACUAAAUAAAAGUUUGGCAGUGUCCCAGAGAAAUAAGGUAUGCCUUGAAGAGGAAAUGAAAAAUCUGAAGUUGUUGUCAGACGCAGCUAUACUGAGGUCUCAGCAGAUUCAGACAUCUAAACAACAGGAAGAAAACUUGCAAACCAGAUGCCAUGACUUGCAAAAAGAAGUACUAGAUUUACAAUCUCAAGUAGAGGCACUUGGGCUAAAACUUCAGAAGGCAGUGACCCAGCUGGACACCUGUAAAGAAAAGCUCAAGAAUAAGUCUAAUGAAGCUGAUGACUGCCAGAGAAAACUCAGAAAACUGAAGUUUGAAUCCAUUAUUUCUGAGUCAAGGCACACCAGAUUGCUUAAAGAAAAAGAAGACUCUUUAGUGGCUUGUCAACAAAUGCAUAAAACUUUACAGGAAGAACUGACCACAAAAGAAAGGCAAGAAGAAGACAUAAAAAGGAGACUCAACCUUGCAGAAAAUGAACUGGAGAUAACCCAAACUCUUUUGAGUCAGAUGAAGGAGGAGGUUGUAACACUGAAACGUGACAGGGAAUUGAUGCUGAUUUCACAUCAGAAAAGCAUUGAGCAGCUGCAGGAAACCCUUAGACAGAAGCUGCUGGAUGAUGAUAACUGGAGAGAGAAGAUUGAAGCUGAACUCACCAAGGAAAGAGCCCAACAUUUACUUGAAUUUGAGGAGCAAGCUCUUCUCUUUAAAGAAGAAGCUAAACUGGAACUUGAUAUUGAAAAGGAAAAACACCAAGAAAUAAUCCAAAAAUAUAAGAAAGAACAAGAGGAGCUACAAAUGAAGAUAUCUGACUUAAUCGCAGGCGCUACUAGAGAUUUAAGGCUGGAAGUAGCCACUCUUGAAAAAAAACUGCAUGAAUCCCAUGUCCAAUAUACUGAAGAAUCUGAGUCAAAGGAGAAGGAAAUUGAAAACCUUAAAAAUUUGGUUGCAGAAUUUGAAUCUCGCCUGAAGAAGGAAAUUGACAAUAGUGAUUUUGUUUCAGAGGACUUGAGGAAGGAAAUGCAAGAGAAGUCAGAUGAACUGGAAAGGAUCCUGCUGGCACAAACCCAGCUGAGGCAGCAGUUCGAGCAGUCCCAGGAAGAGAACACUUUUCUUCAGGAAACAGUGCGCAGAGAGUGUGAAGAGCGCUUUGAAUUGACAGAAGCUUUGAGUCAAGCCAGAGAACAGCUGCUGGAGCUCAGGAAGCAUGGUGGAAGUUUACCAUUGUCACCGUGUUUCCCCAGCCAGGGCAGCCUAACCUCCUCUGCUGCCGCAGUCAGUAAUCAGGGAGAGAGAAGCACUUCGAGACUGAACUCAGAAAAAGGAAUCAGAAUCCCCAGCCUGCAUGGAGUGUCAAAACCCACCCUUUCUCCACCAUCAACUCAGCCCAAGAGGGCCAACAGCUCAGGUUUGCCCACUGUCCUCCAACCACAUCCUCCCAGGGGCCGGGCCUCUUCAGUAAGUAAGACCAGGCAAAGACUGGCUGCCCUUCUGUGGAGACUGAAUCAUCAGUGAUUGGUCCAAAGUCCGGAGCACAUCCUGUCGGCACACCUGGUUGUUCCCGGAGCGCGGGAGACUCUCUAUAACUGAGGAUGACAGAAAUCAAAUUAGUAUCACAGAUCACGAAUGCAUGUUUACAGAUAUUCUUAACAAAAGAGUUGAAAAAGCUAGGAAAUUGGGAAGCCACAUUUUCAAGAGGCCUUUCAAAUGGCAACAAAUAAUGGAAUUAUUGGGAUUCGGCUUUCUAUAUUUAUGGAUUGUAUGUUUAGAUAUGCUCUAUAAAUAUACCCCUUCAGAGAUCAUAGGUAAAAUUUUCACCCAUGGCAUCUUUUCUAUAUUUAACCAGCAGAGGUAUCUCCACAAAAAAUAGAUUAUAGUGGUUUCGUUGGUGUUUUUUCAUUGGUUCGUUAAGCUGAAUAGGUUAAAGAGAUGUAAUUAGUAUUCCAAAUAGACAAUAAAAGUACACUAGUCUUUAACUAGAUGAUUUCCAGCAUGCUUGGUUCAAAUUUUCACAGAGUUUAUCAUCACCACCACCACCAUCAGCGUCUUCACCAUCUUCACCUCACAAUGUAGUUGAUUAAUCUAAUUUCCCUUUAGGCGAGGGCAGAAGAGACGGCAGGUGACCUUUAGGAAGGCAUUCUUCCCUGGGAGGCUGGGGAUCUUCUAACAAAAAGACCAGCAACUCCAAUUCAAGGAACGGGUAGUUUACUUUUCCAGAUGUAGAGGUUGUGUUAGAAAGCAGAAAACCUGGCCCUGAAAAUAUUACACUGUAGAGAUUUUCUACAUUGAAUCUUUUUGGCACUCAGAGGUAGGUUUUGACUUGAACUUGUAUUCUCAAGCCAUUGAGACAGGAACUAAUUUAGGAGUUUAGUAGAGACACAUAGCCCUGAUUUGGGGUUCCAAUUUUGUUAUGCCUGAAAAUGGGCAAUGGCUUAACAUGUAUUCUAAUUCCAGGGUGAAACAUUAAACCCGGAAACCAGACAGGCUAUUUUAAGUUAUCAUGAAGUUUCAGGCUCUACCUGUUUCUAAAAAUACCUCUUUAUCUUCAGCUAGUGUUCAUCUAUCUUCUUCUCCAUCUAAGAGAAGUGAAGUUUUCUUCUAAGACUGGCUUUACUUAAACCUUCAUCUGACUGCAUCAUGGACAUCCCAGCUUCUUACUCACCAGUUAGAGUGACACAAGACAUGUGAAAUAUGGCAGGUAGAACUCUCUGUUACUGAGCUAUUAUAUCAAGAAGAGAACCUAAACGUACUUGAAAUCCCUCCCCUAGGCAAAAAAAAACCACAACAACAAAGUUAUUAAGCAAAAUUGACCAGUAGUAGAUUUUUAAAAAAUUUUAACCUCAGAAAAAUUCCACAUUACAUCCACUCAUUUUCCUGACUAGUAUAAAUGAGCACAUCUUAUGUUAAGGCUUAGAAUGCUUAUUUUUGUUUUACAGAGAUUGGUGUUCUUUAUAAUGGCAUUUGACAAGAGAACAUAACAUCAUAGAAUAAUGGUGCUGGGCUAGACCUUAGAGGUCACCCUAACAACCUGUUUCCAAUAAGGAACACCCCAAAGAGGUCUGCUUGUCAGGGACAGAGCUGGAACCACUGUUACCCGAUCCGAACAUUUCCACCUCAGCUUCCCCGGCUCCCAUCAUGACUUUUGUCAGAAGCACCUACAUUAAAUUUACCUACUAUUUUCUUUAAAUGCAUUCACAUUUUAAGAAUAUAUUUUAUGGAUUAUGCUGUUACA